UUCUUUUCAGUUUUGUCCUAGGUAGAUCUACACGUAUCAUUCAUCGUGGGCGAGUUCAGGAUCUAGGUACUAGGUGAGCCUAUCCGAGUGGAAUCGGAACGAGUCGCCACCGCUGCGUGUAGCCUUGUGCGCAAUACCGUCUAGGAACGGACAUAGGGUAACACGAACAACAGUCACCAGAAUGUAAACUAAUAAAAAUUAUUAUUUAUAAUAUGAAAUUCUUCAAUGUGCUCGCGUGCGCGGUGCACCAAGGGGAACCUGGCAGCGGAAAGCCGAACAAGACGGAGUCGACCUGCAGCUAGCAUCGAGUGUGCGAGGCAUUACAGUGGUGUGAACUAGUCUAGUCCGUGAUACUCGACAGCAGGCAGAAACAGUACGGUCACGCUACAAAUGCUAGAUUUUUACGUGUGUGUGUGACGGCCGAGAUCCAGGAUUGUGCUGUAUGAGCCAAGUGGGCCAGUUUAUUCGCCACCUCGAGACUCACAAUGGACGAUGACAUUGCAGUAACGCACCAUGCCUCAGCUGAUAGCGCAGCGGCUGAUAGCGCACCAGCUCCAGACAAUGUUUUACCAAUGCCGAAGAUGGGCCCAGUAGCCGUCGUCUUGCCAGCAUCCGGAAUAGGAGAGCGAUCCGGAAGGGAAAUCCCCAAACAGUUCGUGGAGGUGCACGACUGUCCACUUGUUUGUCACACCAUCUCAGCCUUUCACAGAAUACCUUAUAUAGAGUGCAUCGUGGUGACGGUCAGACGGGAGUGGAAAGACUUUCUUCUCAAGCGCAUAACACGGUACGGUUUCCACAAGGUGAUGGUGGUGGAGGGAGAUGAGCGAAGUCGCCACUAUUCCAUUCGUAAUGGUGUUGCAACGCUCACUGACCCAGAGCUGAUACACAUGGAGUUUGAAGUGGUGGUGGUUCACGACGCCGUGCGUCCCUUUGUGUGUGAGUCGGUACUAUGUGAAGUGAUUGCAAAGGCUCAGCAUGGUGGUGCUGCUGGCGUUGUGGUGCCCUGUGCUUCCACCAUUGUGCUGAUCAAUGAUGAUAACCUACUGGAGGAAACACUGGUCAGGUCAAAAUGUCGCAAUAGUGAAAUGCCUCAAGCGUUCCGUCUGAAGCAGUUCCACUCAGCAUAUCAACAGGCUAGUGAUGACACUAUGCUACAUGGCACGGAGUGUCUGCAGAUAUAUCGCCAUGGCAACCCAGAAGACCGCAUCGCUCUGGUAACCGCAGCGCCCGGCUUGCACUGGAAGGUCACGUAUGCUGGGGACUUUGAUCGAGUCAGCGCCCUCUUGAGCAACCGCACCAUUAACAACAGCAGCAGCAAAGGCAGCAGCAGCAACAGCAGUAGCAGCAGUGACGGCACAACUCUUGUAUGAGUGAUAAAGCCAAACAAUGGUCUUCCCACUGGCUUGCAGUAGCACUCUGCACUGUCAGUACUGCUGCAUGCUGAGUUCGUGCCUGGAUACGGACUGGCAUUGGCCAAACUUGCAUCCCCGGAGACAGAUUUUGGCACGAAAAAGCGUGCCCCGGAACCUCUCUAUUGAUGGAUUAACGAUUCUGUUGUACUGCUACAGCGAAUGUGAACUUUUAGUUCCUUCAAGUCGUGCGUAUCAGUGAAGUGUGCUGGCUGAUAGGUUGUACUUGUAACAUGCUGCAUGGAUGAGGAAUGACUGCAGGAUUCUAACUUGCACCUGUUCGUGUUUGUAGAUCUCACACAUUGCAUUGUUACUUUUAACUUCGUUUUAACAAAGUAUCGAUUUUAAAACCACUCUGGGUCUACAAAAGAAUAAUUUUUUCAAAGAGACCGGGUAGCCAAUGACUUGCCCACCAUGUACCAACUUGUUGCAUUGUCGUCAUAAUAUAUAUUUAUCUGGGAAGUGAUGGGUGGAAUUUACUCACCCAGGUUGUCCCAUGCUGUCAGUUUCCGUAUAAUUAAACUAAAUCAGCUAUAGGCUUCUGUCUUGCAAAACCCUCUCUCCGCUUGGCCGUACUAUGCUCUGCCACAAUCCGAUUCUAUAGUUUCCUUGUGCCAACUUUGGUUGGAGCUGCUGGUUCAUCCCUCAAUGAGAAAGUCUGGAAUAAGUGAAGUAUUAAA